ACUAGAAAAAACACAUUUUCCUCACUCAGAUCAUGGCUUGCCGUUCAAACCCCAGCCCGUCAGGCGGCAGUAAUGCCCUCGGUGUGAGCUGACGCCUGAAUAGCAAAGGUCGACAGACACCGGAAGUGUUCAGAAACACCGUGGACAAGCAAAGCGCCCAGCUCUCCAGUAAACAUGGGACGCCACUUUGGAAACUUGGCCAAGGUCAGGCAUAUAAUCACAUACAGUCUGUCCCCCUUUGAGCAGAGGGCUUUCCCCAACUACUUCUCCAAGGGAAUCCCAAAUGUGUGGAGGAGGGUCACGUCAUCUUUCUUCAAAGUUGCACCCCCAAUGAUCCUUAUGUAUCUGACCUACAGCUGGGGCAACAGCGUCCAUCAGCAGGGCAAGAGGAAGAAUCCAGCCGACUACGAGAACAAUCAAUGAACAUGCACCGCCUUUCUAAACUGCCCUCUGUUUAUAAUUCCAAGUCUGUACGUCUAACCAAUAAAAAGUGAAAAUAUUUAUGUGAAAUCA